AUGCAGCGUCACCGGUUCUUCACCCCCGAAGAGGUGGCGGCGCACAACACCGCGGCCGACUGCUGGGUCUCGUUUCUGGGCAAAGUGUGCGACCUGAGCCCGCUGAUGGUCCGCCACGAAGGUGAGGUGGGCCGGCUGUCCGCCAAGACCCGCUGGGUCCGGAUCCUCAACACGCUGACGGGCCAGCAGACGCCGCUGCAGGUGGGCCAGGUGUGCUCGGAGGAGACCCUGGAGGAGAUCCGCGGCCGCUACCUGCCCUACAACGGCCACGCCCACAGCUACACCUGGAAGCACGGCGGUGCGCCGCUAAACAUGGCCGCCACGCUCAGCCAGAACAGCGUCCCGGACCAGGAGGGCGAGCUGGACCAGCUCCGGCUGGACCGGGACCUGGAGGUCCCCGCCAUCCUGCUGCACUUCAAUGACGACCUGACCGAGGGCUGACCGG